CACUGUACAUCGUCAACAAGGAAAAUCAGCGUUAAGUGUGGGUUAGGAAUAACGCUCAGAGGCUUCGGAAGGUGGCAUUUUCGUAUUUCACCUUGAGAAUUUCCCGAACAUACGGUUACACGUAUGGCGAAUUAUUAUUGCAACCUACAGGAUGUUACACGUCAAAUGCCAAGGAAAUCAGGCGCUCGUCCGUGAUGCUUUCAACUGCUACAAAUAAUUUCAGCUAAUCGCAUGGUAACGGCAAUUCGCAUACGAUACUGUUAUUGAAAAAAAAAAACCUCUGCAGCGCUGUGUGUAGCGACAUAUUAACAUGGGGGAAGCGUGCGGAAGGGGUAUUCUCAAAAGACGGUAGGCCUGCAGAAAUAUCCCAUCGCGUUUGGAUUGGUAUUUACUAUGCGACUGUCAGACAGUGAGUCUAACUGAGCAGUCUUGAUGUUGACUAGCGAUGAAAUAGGCGAUUGUAAGCGCAAAUAAAGGCGAGGCGCGUAUAAUUUCUGUAGCCUAGUCAUUUACUAUUGUUUCCUCCCUCCCGAUUUACUGUACGCGUUUAUUUUGAAGACAAGAGCGGCGGAGACGGGAUUGUGAUAUUUAUUUAUUCCUAUAUCUGCAAGCACACUGUGAAUGAUUUUGUCAGCAAUGGCGGGUCCCGAACAGAACCAACAGCAGGUCGAUGAAAGAGAUGAUCAGUUAGAUGAUGCGGAGCUGGCUCUCCAGGGCAUUAAUAUGCUUCUCAACAAUGGCUUCAGAGAGAGCGACGAGUUGUUCAAAACAUACAGGAAUCACAGCCCACUGAUGAGUUUUGGAGCCAGUUUCGUCAGUUUCCUGAAUGCCAUGAUGACCUUUGAGGAGGAGAAGAUGCAGAUGGCCUGUGAGGACCUGCGGGCGACGGAGAAGCUGUGUGAGAGCGAUAACGUGGGGGUCAAUGCCGGGGUCAUCGAAACCAUAAAAAACAAGAUAAAGAGGAGUAUGGACUCUCAGAGGUCAGGGGCGGUGGUGGUGGAUCGGCUGCAGAGACAGAUCAUCGUGGCGGACUGCCAGGUCUACCUCGCUGUGCUCUCUUUUGUGAAGCAGGAGCUCUCAGCGUACAUCAAAGGAGGCUGGAUCCUCCGCAAGGCCUGGAAGAUGUACAACAAGUGCUACAGCGACAUCAGCCUUCUGCAGGAGGCGUGUCAGAGGCGGGCCUCACAGGAAGCCCCGCCCCUGGACCAGGCCAAUGACAACGCGCCGCCGCGGGGGGCAGCCACGGCCGAGGCUUUGGGGCGGCUCAAGGGCUCGGUCAGCUUCGGCUAUGGCCUGUUCCACCUGUGCAUCUCCAUGGUGCCCCCGCACCUGCUGAAGAUCGUCAACCUGCUGGGUUUCCCCGGCAACCGGCACCAGGGGCUGGCCUCUCUCGCGUACGCCAGUGAAAGUAAGGACAUGAAGGCCCCUCUUGCUACGUUGGCGUUGCUGUGGUAUCACACGGUAGUCUUGCCCUUCUUCGCACUGGACGGCCAGGACACACAGAUGGGUCUGCUGGAGGCCAAGGGGAUCCUGCAGAAGAAGGCGGCCGUUUACCCAAACUCCUCCCUCUUCAUGUUCUUCAGAGGCAGAGUCCAGAGGCUGGAGUGUCAGAUAAACAGUGCCUUGACUUCCUUCAAUGAUGCGCUGGAGCUGGCAACAGACCAAAGGGAAAUACAGCACGUGUGCCUGUAUGAAAUCGGCUGGUGCAGCAUGAUCGAGAUGAACUUCAGCGAUGCCUACAAGUCCUUUGAGCGGCUGAAGAACGAGUCAAGGUGGUCCCAGUGCUAUUACGCCUACCUAACUGGAGUGUGUCAGGGAGCUUCCGGGGACCUGGAGGGAGCCAUUAGUGUUUUCAAGGAUGUCCAGAAACUCUUCAAGAGGAAGAACAAUCAGAUCGAGCAGUUCUCCCUGAAGAGGGCCGAGAGGCUGAGAAAGAUGAACCCCACUAAGGAGUUGUGUAUCCUGGCAUCCAUUGAGGUCCUGUACCUGUGGAAGGCCCUGACCAACUGCUCCACCUCCAAACUGCAGCUCAUGAGCCAAGUUUUACAGGGAAUUAAUGACGUGCCGUGCAUGGGUCUCAAAAACCUGCUGCUGGGAGCCAUUCACAAAUGCCUGGGAAACACAAAGGACGCCAUUCAGUGUUUCCAGCAGUCAGCCAGGGAUGAGGUGGGCCGAUUGAACAACUCCUACGUCCAGCCCUACGCCUGCUAUGAGCUGGGCUGUGUGCUGCUGAGCAAGCCAGAGGCUGUCGGGAGAGGUCGAGCUCUGCUUCUCCAGGCUAAGGAGGACUUUGCCGGCUACGACUUCGAGAACAGGCUGCACGUGCGCAUCCACUCCGCCCUGGCGUCCGUGAGAGAGGUGGUGCCUCAGUGACUCCGCCCACUUCCCCCAUAGUGUGGCCGUGGAAGAUUCCAGAUUUACGCUUAAGCUAAUGAGUUUAGGUGGGGGGGUGGGGACUCUAUCUACGUAAUAUUGUCCUCCUGGCGCGAACUCUUAUUUUCACUAUAACUGUGUGCAAAACACUGUGUCGGACACGACAUCAGAGUACUAAAGUAAUUAUGCAUGACCCGUCUGUGGCCAUUCUACAGAGUCUGAGCCUGUGUUCAUCAAGAAUCUCACAGCUGGAGUGCUGAUCCAGGAUCACGUUCUCUUGGUGCAUAUUCUAACCCAGGGGUGCCAAAUCAGGUGCCACGGAGGUCAGAGCGUAUGCAGCUUACAACCAAUCACUACACCAGCUGACUACCCUAAUUAACACACCUUCAACCAGAAUGGAGGGAACCAGUGAGUGAAAUCAGCUGGGGUAGUGAUAGGCUGCAAUUAAAACCUGCAUACUCUCUGCCCACCAUAGCAUGAUUGGACACCCCUGUUCUAACCAUAGCCAUUACGGCA